AUGGGACUGGUUAGCGCUGUUUCAGCUACACUGUCUCAAAGUGAUCAAAAAAAGUCUGAUAAGACAGUUAAAGUGAAACAAGGAAGCAUUGAUUUGAGUGUUUUUGAGAGGAAAUUAGUUGUGUCUGAUCCAUCAGCGAAAUCAAUAAUUUCAGAACAUGGUGCCUAUCAUUCACAAACAUCAGCGAAGAGAUUCAGGGGUCAAGUAUUAGGUUAUGUUACACCUUGGAACAAUCAUGGAUACGAUGUGGCAAAAGUAUUUGCUAAUAAAUUUACUCAUAUAUCUCCUGUUUGGCUCCAAAUAUCGCCAGGGAAAGGGGACAAAUAUGUUAUAGGAGGUUUACAUGACAUUGAUAAGUUGUGGAUUCAAGAUGUUCGAAAUGCUAGUUCAAGAGGUAUUAAAAUUGUUCCCAGACUCUUAUUUGAAAGGUGGUCUCUCGAAAAUUUGAAAUCAGUUAUUAGUAAUCAGAAACAACGAACAGAAUUGGUGCACACCAUCGUAAAAUUGGCAGAAGACAAUUCUUUUGAUGGUUUUGUUUUCGAGUUGUGGAGCCAGGUAGUGGGAAUGGUGAAACCAGAGUCCAUUGUCGAUUUUAUAAAACUUGUCUGCAAUACUGUGCGAGAAAAAAAAUUGAUUUGCAUCAUAGUUGUUCCACCAAUAAGUGAUCAUCCAAGUGCAUUUACAGAAAAAUAUUUUAAAACAUUGAGUGAUUCAGUAGAUAGUUUUUCACUUAUGACAUAUGAUUUCUCUAAUCCAAUGCGACCUGGUCCUAACAGUCCUUGGCCAUGGGUUAAAAGUUGUAUACAAAGCAUUGCACCUGAACAAAAUGACAUGAGAAAUAAAAUUUUAACAGGAUUUAAUUUGUAUGGCAAUGAUUACACACCAAAUGGUGGUGGUCCAAUAAUUGGUCAUCAAUAUAUAAGUUUAUUGAAAAAAGUUAAGGGAAAGUUGAAGCAUGACAGUAUUUCCGAAGAGCAUAUGUUUGAGGUAAAGGAUGACAAAGGUCGGCAUACUGUGUUUUACCCAACUCUCUACUCUAUUCAAAAGCGUAUCGAGUUGUGUGAACAAUUGGAAACUGGAAUAUCUCUUUGGGAACUUGGACAAGGCCUUGAUUACUUUUAUGAUUUGUUUUGA